UCUUCAUGUCAAACUAAGAAAAAUAAAAUUCUCUCAACAUCCAACACUAGCUGCCGAUGCUUUUAAGCCCUCGCCGCUGUGCUACGGUGACUUUACUGGCGAUACUUUGUAUCAAAAUGACCCACAACGCCUUCUCUUCUCUUCCAUCCGAACGAAUCUUCCGAGACAUGAAUAAGGACAAGCAAAACUAGAUUGGAGCGUUAGUCUCUUCAUUUGUUGGAUCCACGAUGUUCAUCGUCAGAUAGGAUUGAAAUCACGCAUUGUUCCUCUUUUUGACUUAGGCUCCUUAUCUACCAUUUCAAUUCACCGGAAUGCUCCAACCGUCACCAACUUAAGAACCCGAUAAGCUUUCCCUCUUCUCUCCCUUUUGACUUCGUUUUCUCCCCAUUUUCCCUUCUCAAAUUUCUUAUUUUCUUUGAAUCUGGUGGUAUUGGAUUUAACUCGAUCGUGGGUUUUGGGUAUGGUCAAGGUCUUCGAAUUCAAAUCUUCUGGCUCUAGAUUUUCAAUAUGGGGAAAUUCGUGGUUGAAGACCAUGUUUGCUACAUAAGCUUCUGAAACUGAUGAUAACCCAAUUGAACUUUACGGUUCUAAAAAUUGAUGACGCCAUUAGUCCAUCCGACUAUUGAGGCAUUCCCUUCAGGAAACUGGAACUGUGUCUACUGUACAUGCAAAUUUUGUGGGAUGGUUGGAAAUACACAUCAAAGGGGCAAAGAUGACGGUGUAGUUCCUACAGUUCUAACAUGCCAUUUAUGUGAAGAAAAAUAUCAUGAGCCAUGUAUUCUGCCAAUGGAUGCUUUUGAUGACGAUUCAAGUAGUGCAUUCUUUUGUGGGAAGAUAUGCAAAGACGCAUAAUUUUAGUUUGCAAUUGAUAUAAUUGUGCCGAGGGGAAUUUAUGGUGGUUUCCUAGAUU